AUGGGCCACUUGUUGACAUUCAGGGAUGUGGUCAUCAGCUUCUCUCAGGAGCAAUGGGACUAUCCGGACCCUGCUCAGAAGGACUUAUACUGGGAUGUGAUGAUGGAGAACUACAGCAACUUGGUCUCACUGGAUUUGGAAUCCAAGAAUUUAUCUAUAGGAAAGGACAUUCUUGUCAGUGGUUCCCAGUGUGAGAAAGUAGAAGAAAGUACUGCUUUCACUGGUCUUGAGAGCGCCAUUUGCAGACAUGACUGGCACAGCACAAAUGACAUUGAAGUCCGAGGAUCUGCAAUGGCAUAUUUCUGUCUAAUGAAAACCAUCUCACAAAGAAAACCCAAUUACAAAAAUCAUAUAUCUCUUAUACUGCACCAGAGAAAUCAUGAUAGCAAGAAGCGUAAAUAUAAGGAAUAUAGUAAGGUCCUUAACUGUGACUUAAACUUUAAUGAAUAGAAGAGAAUAUAUAGUGGCGAGAAAUUCUAUAAAUGUAAUGGAUGUUGGAAACCUUUGAGCAGAUGGCCCACUAACCUGCAACUGAAUAUUCAUACUGAUGUGAAGCCCUGUCUGUAUAUGCAAUAUGGAAAUACAUUUAGCUUUUAUGAACACCUUAGAACACACCAUAAAAUUCAUGGUGAUCGGAAGUAAUAUAAAUAUAAGGAGAACAAAAGGAGCUUUAGGAGAGUUGAAGAAACUACUCCCCUUGAAAGGAUUCCCAGUGGCGAGAAACCUUAUGAAUACACUUUCUGUGGGGAGUUCUUUAGAGUUCAUGCAGAACUUAAUGAACAUCAGAAAAUCCAUACUGACAAGAAACCUUACAAAUAUAUGGAAUGUGCAAAGGAUUUUUUAUUUCAUUCACAGCUAACUGAUGAGAAACCAUACAAGUGUCUACAGUGUGAGAAGGUCUUUAGAAUUAGUUCACAGCUUAUUGAACAUCAGAGAAUUCAUACUGGUGAGAAACCUUACGAAUGUAAAGAGCGUGGAAAGGCUUUCGGAGUAUGUAGAGAACUUGCCCAGCAUCAGCGACUUCAUAUUGGUAAGAAGCUUUACGACUGCAAGGUGUGUGGAAAGGUCUUUAGAAAUAGUUCAUCCCUGACCAGACACCAGAGAAUUCAUACUGGUGAAAAACGCUACGAAUGUAAAGAUUGUGGGAAAGCAUUUGGAGUAGGGAGUGAACUUACUUGACAUCAGAGAAUUCACAGUGGUCAGAAACCUUAUGAAUGUAAAGUGUGUGGAAAGUUCUUUAGGCUUACUUCAGCCCUUAGUCAACAUCAGGAAAUUCAUAGUGGUGAGAAACCCUAUGAAUGCAAGGUAUGUGGGAAGGCCUUUAGACACAGUUCAGCCCUCACAGAACAUCAGAGAAUUCAUACGGGAGAGAAACCUUGUGAAUGUAAGUCAUGCAGGAAAGCCUUUAGACACAGUUCGGCCUUUACAAAACACCAGAGGAUCCAUACAGGUAAGAAAUCCUAUCAGUGUAAGGAAUGUGAUAAUAAUGCCUUUACUUAGUAUCAGAAAUGUAAUAAGAAUGCCUUUACUUAGUAUCUACACUGGGGAGAAGUCUUUGGAACAAAAGGUGAAUAGAAAGGCCUCUUGUUUCUGGGUUUAUGUGGAAAGAAAACCUGUGUAUUUAAUAAGAUAUAAGCAGGGAACUCAGUACUGUGCUCAUGAAGUCUGUUACUAGACUGUGCAGCCGGUGGGGCAGGAGAAUUGCCCCACCAGAGGUGACACA